AUGGCUCGCCCUCGUCGUACUAUUUUGCACUCAAACCGUGCAUCCAGCCGAGGUGAACAGGAUCUCUCCGCGCUAUCAAGCGAAGUGCUCAAACUCCGUCUUCAAGCCCUGAACCUCCCCAUUACGGGAUCCAAAGGGCAGCUGCUAAAUCGACUGAAGGGGGCCUUGCCGGGACAAGUGGCCACGUCGACCACAGCGCAACCAAAGCGAGUUUCCAAGGCUAAAGCUCUUAAGGGGCGCCCUGCAACGAGAACCACCACAGCGACCGGGCGCUCGUCGGAAAGCCAUUUAGCGAACCUCGGCAACGUUAAUAACAAAGACAACACCCUGUCAGACCACGCUUCGUUGUCUUCUAUCGAGGACAUGAUCGAGUCGGAUCCUAAGCCGGACGAGUCCAACUUCCAACGGAACACCGGUUUCAGCCAAACUCAGCGUGCAGCAAUCGAGGCCAUCGUGACUGAUUCAGUCCGCUCCGCCAUAACAACGCUUCAAACUUCGCCAGCCGCUCAUCUUCCUUCACCAGCCGCGCAGCUCCCUUCUGCCUCGCCUCAAAGUCUCUUCACACCUGGCAUGGCUUCCCCUCUAGGGGAGUAG